CAGCCCGUGCAGCGAGCAGCCGGUAGAGGGCGGCGAAGCUUCUUGACUGGGCGUGGAAGCCCCCAGCACGUUGUUUCCCACGCAGCGCAACAACGCGACGCGCUCUCCAUCUAGGGCUCAGCCUCCCUCCCUCCUUCCUUCCCUCCCUCCUCGGCCAGACUCGUAUCCCUGCCCCGCGGCAGCACCUCAACGGAGGCCGAGCAUGGCGGCAGCAGCUCCCAGAGUGAGCGGAGCGCCCAGCCGCAUGGCUCCUCUGCUGCUGGUGCUUGGGCUGGGCGCCUCCUGGGCAGCGCACCCCGAAGCCUGGGUGAGCCGCCACAGACGGAGCAGUCCGCGAGAGGAGGCGGGCCUGCGGGAUCGCGCUGUGGGAGCUCCAGUGGCGGCCUCGCUGCUCACCACCUCCUUCGUUCUCAAAGGCGAUGCGGCUCACAAUCAGGCGAUGGUGCACUGGACAGGCGAAAACAGCAGCGUGAUUCUGAUCCUUACCAAGUAUUACCACAGUGAUACAGGCAAAGUAUUGAAGAGCACUUUGUGGAGGUCCUCAGAUUUUGGAACAUUAUAUACCAAGUUGAAUCUACAGCCUGGGAUUGCUACAGUCAUUGAAAAUUUCUACAUCUGUCCGGCUAACAAAAAAAAGAUAAUUCUUGUAAGUUCUUCCCAUAAUGACCUGGAUCAGAGUCUUUUUAUUAGCACAGAUGAAGGAGCUACCUUUCAAAAGCAGCCCAUUAAUUUCUUUGUGGAAACUCUGAUUUUUCAUCCAAAGCAGGAGGAUAAGGUGCUUGCCUACACCAAGGAGGGACAGCUUUAUGUCUCUCUUGACUUGGGGACAAAAUGGACACUCCUGCAGGAUCAUGUGUCAAAAGACCAUAUUUUUUGGGCAGUUGACAGUGUUGAUGAAGACCCUGAUUUGGUUCAUAUGGAAGUCCAGGAUCCCAGAGGAGGUUUUCACUAUAUGGCCUGCCAAAUUCAGAAUUGUUCUGAGAAAACACAGAGAACCCUCUUCAUUGGUAGCAUUGACAAAAACUCCUUGACAGUACAGGAUGACUACAUAUUCCUUCAGACAUCAUCAGCAAAUCAAACAAACUAUUAUGUGUCUUAUCUUCGGAAUGAAUUUGUACAGAUGAAAUUGCCAAAGUAUGCAUUACCUAAGGAUUUACAAAUUAUCAGCACUGAUGAGAGCCAAGUGUUUGCGGCUAUCCAGGAAUGGUAUCAGACGGACACGUACAACCUUUAUCAGUCUGACCCACAGGGCAUCUCCUAUUCCAUCGUGUUAGAGAAUGUCAGGAGUACCAAACAGCCUGAGGAGAAUGUGCUGAUAGAUAUUUUGGAGAUUAGGGGUGUCAAAGGAGUGUUUUUGGCCAAUCAAAAAAUUGAUGGAAAAGUUACCACUCUUAUAACAUUCAACAAAGGCCGUAAUUGGGACUAUCUUACACCUCCAACUGUUGAUAUGAAUGGUAAAGCAACCGAAUGCAAACUGCCUGAUUGCCACCUUCACCUCCAUCUUCGCUGGCCAGACAAUCCAUAUGUGUCAGGAAUGGUUCAUACCAAGGAUACAGCACCAGGACUCAUAAUGGGGGCAGGAAAUCUGGGUUCCCAGCUUGUUGAAUAUAAAGAAGAAAUGUAUAUAACAUCUGACUGUGGCAGAACCUGGAGACAAGUUUUUGAAGAGGAGCAUCACAUCUUGUAUCUGGAUCAUGGUGGAGUGAUUGUGGCCAUCAAAGACACUUCUAUUCCUCUGAAAAUACUCAAGUUCAGCGUAGACGAAGGCCAAACAUGGAGUACUCAUAACUUCACUAGUACCUCUGUUUUUGUGGAUGGCCUACUCAGUGAACCUGGAGACGAGACUUUAGUCAUGACAAUCUUUGGACACAUCAGUUUCCGCUCAGAUUGGGAGUUAGUGAAGGUAGAUUUCCGUCCUUGUUUUCCCCGAGAAUGCACCGAUGAAGAUUAUGAAUCAUGGGACCUGACAAAUCUACAGGGCGACCGCUGUAUCAUGGGUCAGCAGAGAAGUUUUCGGAAGAGGAAGAGUUCAUCAUGGUGCAUUAAAGGAAGAAGCUUUACGUCAGCACUCACUUCCAAAGUUUGUGAGUGUAGGCCUUCUGAUUUUUUAUGUGAUUAUGGAUUUGAGCAUUCAGCACUGUUGAAAUCUGAAUCUAACAUGUGCUUUGCUGACUUCUGGUUCAACCCCGAAACUCCUCCUGAAGACUGUAUCUUGGGGCAGACCUAUAGAAGUAGCACAGGAUAUCGCAAAGUUAUAUCUAAUGUGUGUGAGGGUGGUGUGGAUUUGCAGCGAAAUGUAUCUCAGCAUCUGUGUCCAUUGACUGCUCCCAGAGGACUGCAGAUAAGCAUCAAAGGGGAGAGCUUCGCUGUUAAGCCCGGAAAUGAUGUCACCUUUAUGGUCAAACAAGAUCAGGGAGAUAUUUUAAACACCAAGUACCAGGUGAACCUUGGUGAUGGCGUUAAGGCGAUAUAUGUGAAUCUCACAUUGACAGGGGAACCCAUUCAACACCGCUAUGCGAACCCUGGGGUUUACCGUGUCUCAGUGAUAGCUGAGAAUGCUGCAGGCCGAGACGAAGCAGUUGUGUUUGUUCAGGUUCAUUCUCCACUGCAGGUUUUACAUCUAGAAGUAGUUCCUGUUGUUGGCAAAAAUCGGGACGUGAACCUGACAGCCAUCAUCCUUCCAAGAAACCCUAACUUUACACUCUUUUACUGGUGGAUUGGAAACAAUCUUCAGCCACUUCUUUCACUCGAGAAUUUUUUGGUAACCAGUUUUGGAGAGGUGGGGGAAGCCAGAGUUACAGUUCAAGCUUCCUGUGGGAACUCCAUGCUUCAGGAUUCCAAAAUUAUCCAGGUUUUGGAUAAUUUUCAAGUACUUCCUCUAAAGUUUUCUGAACACCUGGAUUUCUACAACCCAAACAUACCUGCCUGGCGGGAGGAUGUUGGCCGUGUGGUAACACAACGAAUUGCAAAGGAAACAGGCGUACCUGAAGAAAGUCUUGUGACAGUGGUAAAACCUGGAUUGCCCACAACUGCAGAUUUACACGUGCUUCUAUCUACAACCCCCCAAAAAAACAAAAUAACCAUGUCUGGUGAUAAGAGAAUUGCUGCUAUUAAGCAGUCUUUGAAUGCCCAUAACAUCAGUUUCUUCAUGAAAGGAGGAUACUGGGUCUUUGUGACCUUAGAUAGCUCUGAUUCAGAUUCUGAGAGUAUUGGAGGAGGAGGGUGCUGGGCGAUAACGGUCCUUUUUGUUGUCUCUCUGGUGGCUGUAGGUGCUAUCAUCCUCUACAAGUUUAAAAGGAAAUUACCAGGCAGAAAUGUCUAUGCCCAGAUGCAAAAUGAAAAAGAACAAGAGAUGACUAACCCAGUAAACCACAGAGAAGACACCCAAAAUAUCAUCCAAGGGGAGGAAUUUAUUGAUGAUGAUCUUGAUUGUCAAACACUAGGAAAUGCAAGAGUGACUCCUCCUGGGAGAGGUGGAAACUUGAACAGCUACAGAGUUCCCUUAUUGCUGAUGGCAGUCAGUGUCCAGUCCCAGGCAGAAAAUCCAAGUCAGCUGGCCAGUAGGGUGCUUCUGGCUGAAGAUAACAGAUUGCCUUUCUAAUCAGAAGCAGGAUUCUCAAGAAACAAACCAAGCUAGCUCUUUGAAAAGAAUAAAGUGAUUGUAUGCACACAGUGAUGACUACUGACAGCAAUGACAUAUUCAAGCAACCGAUAAAGUAGCAAAACAAACAGUAUUGUACUCGGAUCUGGUUUGGUCUAUACCGUCUCUACCAUUCUGAAUAUGGCAGCACUUCAAACAGAGCAGGAAUCCAAACCUGGGCAAUGUGGAUGGUCGGGUUGGAACUCAAGUAUGAGAAACAUCUGCGAACUUUUAUGGGGAUUUUAAUCCUUCCUCAUCUGGACACUGACUCCAUGGAGUUGCAGUAUAUACAAGGACCACCUCCGGCCUGUAGGCCUGAUUAGUCCCGUCAAGCCUCUCCAUUUGGCCCAUGAGGCCAUUUCAGCCAAGCCACACCCACCUGCUCCCCUUUUCCUGUGGUUGGGACAAAGGGGGGUUGUAGACAAUGCUGAUCACCUGACUGGUGGCACCUGCAAAGCUACAUGUACAGUGCUUUACAAGCUCUGAAGGUCAGCGCUGUCCCUUUGCCCCCAGUUUGAUUUUCAACAUGGACAAAAAUGGGUCACCUGAUGGGAGGUCAUGUGAUUGACAUGUGGGUAGUCCUGCCCACCUGUCAAACUUGGCCUGUGGAGAGUUGGAGCAUAAGGAUCCUGCCCACCCACCAAAUCCAGUUCCCCACCCCUGGCCUAGGAGAUGCUGCUGCUGCUAAUAUAUUAUCAUAUUUGCAUCUUUAGAUCUUGUUGAAACAACAAAUUAAAGGCAAAGGCAUUCCAUUACAUUUGUCUGUAACAGCCCAUCCAGAAGGUGCCAGUUGCUUAUGACCUAGUUUUCCCUAAACCCAAUUUUAUAUUGUGAUCCAUAUUGACUGGAAUUUUCACUUUGGGUCUGAGAUCUCUUUCUGGAAAAUCCCUGGAUGAUCUCAUGGGGAAGGAUAGAAGGAUCAAAAAAGGUCUGAUGCCCAAGGCAUUUUGCAUCCUCUUUGGAGCAGGUUUUUUCUUUUCGGUUUAGCACAACAUUAGGUGUUCCUAAAAAUAAGAUAAAUAAAUGCAUACAAAAAAUUAAUAGUCUUACGGGCCCUGAAUAGCUCAUCCCUGUAACUGUUGCUUGCAUUCUGAUUUGAGCUCCAGGGGCCUAUUUAUCCAGGUUUAUCACAAUGAUGGGGUGCCUUGAACUCUGUGUCACAGGUAUAGUGCAAGCUGGAAACCUUGCCAUUUCCAUAGGGGCUCUGCCUGCUCUGUUUCUUACCACAGCAUCCUCGAAGUGGCAGGCAGAAGAUCAGAGGAGCAGCCUCCUGACCAGUGGACAGUGGGGAAGUCCUGGCUGUCUUGUAACUUAACCUGAGCUCAGAUCAGUAGAAGGGAGGAAAAGUCACUCUUUAUCAGAAAGCCCCUGUAAGGGCUGACUGCUGAUAGAAAGAGAUAAAUGGUAGAGAGCAGAUACCUCCCUAAUUCAAUAGAAUUUACUUCUGAGUAGACAUGGUUAGGAUUGCACUGUAAACCUCCCUAUCCUGGUCUCUUCUAUCUGUUCUCAGGGAAGAAACAGAACUUGUUGAACUUCCCUAAGGCCCCUGUCAGUCUAUUGCCCAGUGUUGGAUGUUGCUGUCCAGCUGCCUUGCAUGUUAUGCCUGAAGAGUGAAAGAAGCCCAUGUGCACAGCAGCUGUGUGUGUUCAUCAGAUCACACAAAACUCUGGAUUGGGGCAACAUAUAUACUAAGGACUACCAGAGGAAACAUUUUAUUACUGACACAAGAUGUUUCUUUGGGAGAUGCAGAAUAAUAAAUGAUCAUUUAUAUUACACAUUUCAAGCAUUUAGAAUACUUCACAUAAUUAUCUUAGUAAUCCUUACAACAACCCUGCAAGAUAGACCAGUAUCAUCAUUAUUAUUAUUCCCAUAUUGCAGAUUGGUGGUGAGGCUAAGGCAGUGAGGCUUGCCUGUGGCUUCAUAGCGAGUUCACAGCUGAAGUGAGAUUUCAGUUGCAAACUUCCUGGCUCACAAGUCUUGCUCUUAGCCACUACACUACAGCAGGCGAAAGAAACUUCAAAAAAGAAAAGAAACUUAGAAAAAUAAACAUUACAUCGUUCUCUUUAAAAAAACACAGGGACACAUAUCUUUUAAACAGGUCACUAAUAAGAGGAGCUGAAGAAGAAGAAGAAACAGUUUGUUCUAAACAUUAAUUAGUAGUUGAAAGAAUGUUGCCUUUUAGCAAGGAGAAAAAAGUUCAUUUUUUUUUUUAAAGAGGAAGUUAGAUUUUAUUUUAAAAAAUCAGAUUUGGUCUUUUCCUUGGAAAGUUUCAGAAUACAAUAAUGCUUCAUUUGUUCUUUUGGCUGUUUCAUAUUUUUCCCCAUAUAUUCCCCUCAAAAUUUCUGUUACUCUGGAGGGAAAGUUACUUCUGUUACUUUUAAGUGAAGAGAUGUAUGAAGUGAUACCUAUUUUUAUUGGGGGCGUUUAAAACUAAAAAAAGAUUUAAAACCUUUGAAAAAAUAAAUAAAGACAUCUUUAAAAUUAACAGUUAAAAACUAUGGCAGCUCUUUUUACUUAGAACUGGAAGGAGCCUUUCUAUUAGUACCAAGGUAACUUUCCAGGUGCAUUGUAUCCUUCUGUGGUCUCCAAUCACCGUGGAAAACAAGCAGGUGCACAACUUCAGCAACAGCUACAGCUACAGUAAGGACUGAAAAUGAAUGAAUGAAUGUCAGAGCUGUGAAUCCCCAUAUUUAUCUGGCAACUUCUAUAGGGAGACAACUUCCAUACCAAAUGAUUAAAGCUAUCUAAAACAUACCAAUCUCCAUUCCCAUCCAACACAAUUGCUAGUGCUAGUUUAACCUGACCCAGCUACAUACACUUAAAUUGUUUCUUUUAUAUUACUAGUAUUCCGGGAGAAGUGUCACUGUAAUAAAAAUGACACAUGCAAGAUGGCCCUCCUCUUGGCUGUUUAAACUGUACUGACCAUUAACUGAACAGGAUUGACAAACCAUUUGUAUCAUUGUGUAGAUAAAUCUUCCUCAGUCCAUCCUGAGACAUACCAAACAGAGCCUUAAAGUAGAGUGCUAGUGAUGAUUUUGCUUCUUUAUGUUCCAUUUUUCAGCUCCCAUUCCUAGAAGGAAGGGGAAAAAUAUUAUAUUCAAGUCUCGUAAGAGCUGGUUCAGUAUAUCUCAAUGCAAGAGUCAUUCGGUGAACUUCAGACUGCCACAGUCCAAUACAAAAUGUGCUAAAUUACAAUUUAUGCAAGCUAAAAGCAACCUUCCUCAAAUCUGUAUUUAAUCACUAGAUUAAUACACAAGCGAGAUAGGCUGUAAUUCCAUUAUUUGCAGCUUGCUGGAAGGAAAGAAACCUCACAAUUCCAGAGAGAAAUUUCAGACCCUGGAAUUUUUAUUUACUUGAAAACACAAUUAUACUGUUAAGGAUGUUUGAUUCUUUGUAUGUCUGGUCCUACUCACUGCUGGAAUAUGACCCCCUGAAGGCUUUCUGCUGUGGCAAUGUGGCCCUCCGGCUGAAAAAGAUUCCCCAUCCCUAUUGUAAAUGAUACCAUUUCCACAGGGUAUUGCAAGUAGGGGCCUGGGGGAUAAGUAUAUGUGGACUUUAUAGAAUGAUGGAGAGCGGAAGAGCCACUCCAAUCCAACUCAGUUGCCUUUCUACCUCUGAGGUAGUUAAGGAUGCAGAGCAGAGAGACAGUGUUUGUCAGUCAGUCAAUCAGUCUUGAAAGUUUUAACCACAGGCCGCAACAGAAGAAAGCAAUUAACAACAAUUACAAAAAAAUAAUAGUCGCAAUAAUAUAAAAUUUUAUUUAUCAGGUUAUGAACAGAUAAAAAUUAGCUUCGAGCUUUGGCAGCUGCCAAAGCAAAUCUUACCACACCUAAAAGAGUGUCUUUAUUACAAGAAGCCGAUCAAAAGUCAAUUCUUUACAAUUCAGACCUAUUGGCUUUCUCCUCAAGAAGUGGGUCUAAACAUUUAGUUCAGAUCACACAGAAGACUGGGCAGUAAAACAAAUAAUGCGGUACUUCCUCCACAGAGCCACUGCCACAAGGACAGAGUCUUAAAUCAUAGGGUAUUUAAAAAAAAAAAAAACCCUUCUAAAACUGCCGUUUGCAUUAGUUGCAUUCUGAGGCAUAUUAAAACGGUUCUAGAAAGACCGUUUUUGUGCAGAUGCGUUUUUCUUUCUGUUACCAUGCUCAGCCAAGACGAGCAGCUGGAGCAGCAGCCUUUCCUGUCGGAGUCACAA